UAUAGUACUUUUUACCCAUCUAAUUCACCACUCCCUUUUAUACCUGUUCAACCUCUUUCCUUUUUGUCUCUUUCUCUCCUCUUUACUGUAUCUUUCUCUCUGUCCCUCUAUUUAUACAUCCCUCUCCUGUCUCAAGAAACUCAUCAAAGAAAGAAAGAAAAGAUGUCCCCAGCAGGUUCUUCAAGAUGGAGCCCUACCACAGAACAACUCAUGAUCUUGGAGGAGCUCUACAGGAGUGGCAUUAGAACUCCUAGUGCCUCACAAAUUCAGCAAAUAACCACACACCUUUCUUUCUAUGGCAGGAUAGAAGGAAAGAAUGUGUUCUACUGGUUUCAGAACCACAAGGCUAGGGAUAGACAGAAGCUCAGAAGGAAACUCACCAAGCAACUGCAGCUACAGCAACAACAACUCCAACUCCAUCAUUGCCAUCUCACACCAGAUAUCACUAACCACUAUUUUCCUUAUUCUCCUUCUUCUUCAACCCAGGAUUUUCCCUUUUAUAACCCACCUACCUUUCUUUUUCAGGGAGGAUCUGCAAACACAUCUGAACAGGCAUUGAAUUGCGCAUGGAAUGUGCACAACCUGCAAAACAAUCUGGUGGAGAAGGAAGAGGUGACCUUCUACAACAAUGGUUGGAGUACACCUGUGGAUGUUAACAACCAAGCAUCUUCAUGUUGCACUUCUCGACCCCUCAAGACCCUUGAUCUCUUUCCACUCACAACCACCAGAACCGAUGAAGACUCCACCACUCCACCACCCAAGGAGCUCUAAUUUUAUUGUUCCAUUUUCAUCUGCAUGUCCAAGACCGUUUCAUGUUAAUAACUAUUUCUUAAGAGAAUUAAUCUCCAAACACAGUGUGCUUAAUAUUCUUAGGAAAUGAUUUAAUCAUUCUGGAAUGUACCAAUUACCAAGAGUAGUACUUAGUCUUGUACGUAGGAUCUUUGGUUGUUGUUGCACCAUGUGAAAGAAUGAUCAAAGCUCGAUACUUUCAUUCUGGUACAAAUCCUGUGGGUAUAUGGUAUAUCCUGGUAUGAUGAUACCAAGAUAUUGAAAUGAACACUGAUGUCAUUUAUUUCUAAAUGUUAAUGUUUUUCAACCAUCUUAAAA